AGACCCUCAGCUCCCCAAAAUGAGGAGAAAAAGAAGAAAGCUUAUAAAAAAUGGAAAAUCUUGAAUCCCACAAUAUGUGAACCUCAGCCUGCUAAUCAAGCAUGCCAAGAAAAUGUAAAAGAUCUUGAAAAGGAAAUCAAAGGAGACACCGCAGAGGCUGUGUUUCAUCAAACUGGGGCAUUAGGGAAAUCUAAAGAAAAUGGAGAUGAGUGUACAUCUGCUUCUAUGAACGGAAAGCAGAAUUCCUCUUUUCUCCCUAAAGAUAAGAAAAAACCUGCAUCUAACAGUAAAAUAAGUAGGGAGAAGGAAAAUGAUGAUCCUCUUUUGUCUAUCUCUCAUCAACUAACAAAAGCCUCACCCGUGGUCAUGUUUAAUGACUGUGAAGAAUCAUCAUCAGGAAAAAUCACCCUGCAGGAUAUCCCAAACACACUAGAAGGCUUUAAGCCAGCAAAAGGCAAAAUUAUUACAGAAUUAAAAUGUGGGGCUUUCAAUGUGCACGUAGCAAUUAAGAAUAGAUUUUUCUGUAAAACAGGAAUGCAGUUCCCAACAAAAAAGAGAUGUCCAAAAUGUCGCCCAUGUUACUCUGUCAGACAUGUUCAAAGAUGCUACACUUCUAGAAGCUGCUCUUCUAAGUACAAGAAUGUAUUGAUAGAAGUAUUAAACUCUGAGGUGCCAUCUACAUAUGAAGGAGACAUGGCCAGAACUGAGAGUCCCUCACUAAAAGUAAGCAUUGUAGGAAAAGGAAUUCAAGUUAAAUGCACAAGUAAGAAACACAAUAUAAUAUUUAAUAUAACUUAUCCUAAAAGGAGGGGGAAAACAGCUACAUAUGGAAAAGUUUCCUCUAACCAUACCACUAAAGAAUGUUCCAGGUCUUCUGCACAGUCUAGUGUCAGGCUCCCUGAAAAGUGGCAGCUUGAAAACACGCAUCAGAGUUCAGAUUGUUUGCAUGUCUCUCCUCCUAUUGUGUUGGCUGCCCAGAAGGAGGAUAAUUUUGAUAGUUGUGGCUCCUCUGUGCUCAGCCCCUGAGAGGAAAGAUAAACCUGACACCCAAUCUUCAGUCUUAGAUGACUGUGAGGUAGGUUCUGCCAUCUCUCAACAGAAGGAUUUUCGAAUUAGUCAGAACACCCCCCAAAAGAAACAUUUCCCUGAAGCUGAGACUCUUCUCCAAAAUGACCUCCCUACUUCACAUGAUACUCUAAAGACCACAAGUUUAAGUGACAAAGACUUAAGCAAAAUGCCUUCUGAGGGUCCUAAGGAUGUAGAGAGAGA